AUGUCUCACUAUGGUAGUUCCGGCAAUUUAAAUCGAAAUGAUCAAUAUCGUACAAUUAGUCCAACAUACAGUGCACCAUACAAACAGACGGACCAUUACACUCGUUUUGAAACAAGCAGACAACAAAAAAAACAGCGAGCACAGCAACGCAGCGAGGCCGAACGAAGUCGAUUUUCAGGUUAUGGUGAUCGUCCAGGUUCUGGAAUCGAACUUAUGCCUCAAAAAUGGCAUGGAGGAGAAGUGAUAAUUCCCGAUCCUGAACAUUUACCGAAAUCAUUGAAACCGCGAAGAAUUUAUUAUUCACCUAUUGGAGAUGGAGUAGUUGCUGCAGAUGGUGUCGAAAUGAAACAUGCACCCAAAGACGUGUCACCAAGAAUAUCUGUAACUCAUGUUAGAACCUAUGAUCGCGGCGAACCUGGGCGAGAUGGCUAUAAUAUCUAUGAAAAAAUAACUUCUGGAAGUGAGCAGAAUAGUGAUUAUGGUAGUGGCCGCAAUUCAAGAACAGCUGGAACUCUUUCUCCAAGUAUGGUUUUUUGCUUCGAUCUAUUUUCUGCUUCAACGGGACUUUAUGGUUCAAAUUUUGAUGGUAAAAAAUAUGAUGUGCAAACGGAAUAUUUAAUAACAAAUCCUCGAGAGCUUAUUCAUCAAUACGCUACUACAACACCUGUUGCAGUUCUUCAAACAGACGAGGGAACAACAUCGCGAUUUGUUCGUAAAGUCUAUACAACAACUACAGAGGAAAAAUUCGCACCCUAUCCACCUUAUAAAGGUUCGGAAUCUACGGUACAUCCGAAUAAUUUUGUUCGACAACUUCGAGAUGAAAAUUUAACAAUAUCGCAACGUGAAGCAAAUCGUCAUCGAGAUCCUCUCAAUCCGAAAGAUGUGAAUUUCAAUGAAAAAUUAAUAGAAAUACGCCGACAAGCUGAUAAAGCACAACCAACAAACGAUGUUGAUUAUCUUACUGAAAAAAUGAUUUAUGGCUUACGAACUGGUCAUCCGACUCCACCGUCACUUUAA